AUGGAAGAGCCCCGGCCAGCAUUAACACAGGCCCCGUUUGCUUCGGCAUCCUCGUCUACGCUGGACGACAAUACCGGAAUCGAGAAGCCGGCAAUGCCUCUGGAGGAGGAGUCCGGCGUUCUUGCGCUCCAAGACCUCGACAAAGGCGAAGAUAUCAAUGUCCCAGACCAUAUAUGCCCGGUUCUUGAACCCCAGAAUGAUCUAGUCGAGUUUGAUGGCCCAGACGAUCCAGAAAACCCCAAGAAUUGGUCGAAGGGAAAACGAUGGGCGAUUACCAUUUCCAUGGGUCUGAUGACCUUUGUGGUCACCUUUGCCAGCUCGAUCUAUUCCGUUGCUAUUCGUCCCGUCGCCGAAGAAUACCAUAUUGGCGAGAUUCCGUCUACCCUUGGGGUUUCACUCUUCCUUCUUGGUUUUGUGUUCGGCCCUAUCCUUUUUGGACCAGCAUCGGAAGUCUUUGGGCGACGGAUACCUCUCUUUGCGGGAUAUUUUGUCUUCUCAGUCUUUCAAAUUCCAGUAGCCGUGGCUCAGAAUGUGGAAACGAUCAUGCUCGGUCGUUUCUUUGGAGGGUUCGCGGCAGCGGCGCCAUUAGCGGUGGUUGGAGGCGCCAUGGCUGAUAUCUGGGGACCCGUCGAGAGGGCAUAUGGGAUCUGCGUAUUUGCAGCCUCUGCCUUCACUGGACCGGUUGCCGGACCUAUCAUUGGCGGCUUCGUCACUCAGUCCCAUCUUGGCUGGCGAUGGACCGCUUGGAUUACCUUGAUCAUGACCGCUCUGUUUGGAUGUAUCGGCCUGGUCCUGAUCCCCGAAACCUCGGCCGCGAGAAUCCUCCAAAUGAAAGCCAAGCGACUGCGAUACGAAACGCGAAACUGGGCACUACACGCCAAAGCGGACGAGAGUCGAGUCAACAUCAAGACAUUGACAACUAUAUACCUCGUUCGCCCAUUCGUCAUGUUUGUCCAGGAACCGAUCCUGGCCCUGAUUACCGCCUAUAUGAGCUUCAUCUACGGCAUCCUAUAUCUCCUCUUCGAGGCCUAUCCCAUCUCGUUCCAGGAACAGCGAGGCUGGAAUCCUGGCGUCGGCUCUCUCCCAUUUGCCGCUUUUAUUGUCGGCAUUGCGAUGGGAACUGGUAUGAUUGCCUACUCGACAAGGACAAAUUUCACAAAGGCCUUCAAGAAGCACGGCAAGGUCAUUCCCGAGGAGAGACUGCCGCCAAUGAUCAUCGGAGCCGGCGUACUCCCAAUCGGCUUGUUCCUGUUUGCCUGGACGUCUAAUCCGAAUAUCACCUGGGUCCCGCAGAUCCUCGCCACGGCCCUCCUAGGCAUGGGCUGCCUGUCGACGUUCUGGCAAGGCACAAACUUCAUCAUUGACUGCUACGGGUUCUACUCCAACAGCGCCAUCGCCGUGAACACCUUUGUGCGAUCCAUCGCUGGCGCUGGCUUCCCCCUGUUCGCCCCGGCCAUGUACCACAACCUCGGCGUCCCCUGGGCAACCUCGCUCCUGGCAUUUCUUUGCCUGCUCUUCUUCCCAGUGCCCGUCCUCUUCUACAUCUACGGGGCGAAGAUCAGAGCAAGAUCGAGGUUCCGGCCUGUUGGCUGA